GUUGCACGGAAACUGUUGUGGCGCGCUGCUUGACUUUGAACUGGUGUUUACGCUGCGCUUUCAUUUGCCUUGCAGGAACCUGGUCGUGUGCUUUAACGGAAGAAGUGCAAGCAGAAGAAGAUUGACUGUAAUGUUUAUCUUCCUUUUUAUAACAUUAUUUCCUCUAUUGUAGUUUGCUACGUGUUGCUUAAUAAAUCUCCAGUUCCAAUCUCCGGAGUUCUCCCAAGCUUGCAUAUUACAAUAUUGGCGACCCUGCCGAGGCACGUUCAUCAGGAAUCCUGUAUCACUGGUCUAACGAAGAUAAUGCCGAAGACAACUAAUAAAGCCGAUGACGAAACUAAUUUCGACGCUAAUGAUCCGACGACAAAGCUCGCCGCUUCGCUCGAUAUGUUAUCACGGACUUUGCAGAAAAUGUCGACUUCAUCAACUUCUUCAACCAGCAUGCCAUCUAUCCCGCCGCCAGAACGUUUUACCCUGGGGAUGCUGUACCCCAGAUGGGAAAAGCAAGUCCAGUUUUAUCUGCGUCAUUUCCCAUCCAACCAACAGGCAGCUGUGCUCGCCGGUCUGCUCUCGGGAGAGGCCUUUGAUAUCGUUGCAGACAGUAAACUUUUGGAGAAAGAAGUCACAACCGAGACUUUUUCCGCCAUGCGCCGAUUAUUAGCCCGCCCCGGUCUACCUGCGCCCCUACGCAGGGCAUUCCAUGCUCGUUACCAAUAUCCGGCGGAAACCAUACGCACAUACGUUCGCGAACUGCAGAGGAUGGCCGAUAUCGCGUACGAGAACGAAACGCCAGAUGAACGUGAAAAGCUGGUUUUAGGACAACUCCUAGAGGGCGUUCAAACGCCGUCUAUUAAAAGGGAGUUCUUGCGAUACCCUCCACGCCGUUUGGACGAGGCAUUGGAAACAAGUGACCAUUUGGAAGACAUAGAUGCAGCCAUGGGUACGCCUACAUCUGGCUGUUUUGCGGUACGAGGAAACACACGACAUAGAGGCGUCCGACCUGAAAGAAUGACGGGAAAUCCCGGCCGUUUUCAGAGAUAUCCUGCCCCACGACGACCGGCACAACCAGGUUUCCGUUGGCCCCGCAGACAAACGUCAUACCGCGGAUCGUCUCGCUACAGGAACACGCCAGGUGAGCAUACCAUGACAUCAUUUGUGAUACCAUCUCUAACUUGCAACUCGAUUGUGACGUCGCUAACACUAGAAUUAUCGAUAGCUGGGAUUUGCUUACUGGGGCUAGUGGAUACUGGCGCAGCUAGAAGCCUAAUCAGGGCCAGCGUGAGUAGGAGUUUCUCAAACUGUGUUAGAAAACCUUGUAACGCUCGCCUUACCGCGGCCAACGGGUUACCACUAGUUGUUCGGAAUUCCAUCGUUGCCCCCGUUGUUGUAGCCUGCACAAGGUUUAACCAUGAAUUUAUCGUUGCUGAUCGGAUACCGUUCGAUGUUAUUAUCGGAAUAGAUUUGUUGAGGAGGUUAAAAUGCCGACUUGACCUGGAGAAAUCCCAACUAAUCACUGAUUCGUGCACCAUACUGCUGAGAGCAAGCAGCAACAGCAAUUUUGAGGAUUUUACGUUAUAUGAGUGCAGCGUCAAAGAGCAACAAUGUGUAGACGAUUUUAUUCGGUCGAUUGGGCUUUCAGCUGACACAUUAACACAGGCACGAUUAGCGCAGGUCAUACAAAAUUAUUCAGAUGCCUUUGCAUGGAAAUCCGGCGACUUGGGACGGACCGGCCUCGUGAAACAUUCUAUUGACACUGGUGUGGCUAGACCGAUUAAAGUGCCUCCGAGACGUAUUCCAAUCCACUGGCAGGGUGAGAUACAGAAGCUGAUAGAUGAGAUGUUAGAGAAGAACGUUAUCCAACCCUCCAACUCCCCGUGGGCAUCUCCGGUUGUCCUUGUAAAGAAAAAGGACGGUGGCUUCCGAUUAUGCGUCGAUUACCGAAGAUUGAACGAGGCUACUCGAAAGGACGCCUACCCACUCCCAAGGAUCGACGAUCUGUUCAACGCACUUGGCGGAUCUGUGUAUUUUAGCACACUUGACCUGGCUUCCGGGUAUUGGCAGGUGGAAGUAGAAGAGAGCGAUCGAGCGAAAACCGCCUUUGUCGUGCCCUCUGGGUUGUAUGAGUUUCAGACCAUGCCAUUUGGCUUAUCUAACGCUCCAGCUACCUUCCAACGGCUUAUGCAAAAAGCAUUAGCUGACCUGAUCCCGCGUAAAUGCCUCGUGUAUUUGGAUGAUGUCAUCGUACAUGGAAAGACGGAAUGUGAACACUUGGACAAUUUGGCUAGUGUUUUGGAAUGCUUGUUGAGGGUGGGAUUAAAGCUCAAGCCCUCAAAGUGUCAUCUCUUGAAAAGGGAAGUGGCGUACUUAGGGCACAUAAUAUCUGGAGAUGGUAUUCGAACGGACCCGGUAAAGGCUGAACAGGUCAGGUCGUGGCCAACGCCAACCACUACGGAGGAGUUACGUAGUUUUCUCGGGUUAGCAUCAUAUUAUCGGCGAUUUAUUCGAAACUUCUCAUCCAUUGCAGCCCCAUUACACUCAUUGCUAGAGAAGGGUCGCAUGUUCGAAUGGUCGAAGCAGUGCGCAGAAGCUUUCAAUCACCUACGUGAAUCUCUCUGUACGGCCCCUUUGCUAAUAUUUCCCGAUUUGUCCCCGUCUGCUGGCCAGUUUAUCUUGGAUACUGAUGCGAGUGAUAAGGCGAUUGGAGCAGUGUUAUCACAACUGGGAUCGGAUGGUGUCGAACGAGUCGUGGCAUAUUGUAGUCGCAGUCUCAGCCCGAGGGAGCGAAAUUACUGCACGACUAGGAAGGAGAUGCUGGCAUUGGUAUAUUUCAUCAAACAAAACCGACAUUAUCUAUUAGGUCGAAAGUUUCUGGUCCGCACAGACCACCAGUCACUUCGGUGGCUGCAGAAUUUUAAAGACCCCGAAGGCCAAAUCGCGCGUUGGCAAGAGCAAUUGCAGGAAUAUGACUUUGAGUGCAGACAUCGCCCCGGUAAGCAACACGCUAAUGCUGAUGCAUUGUCACGAAUUCCCCCUCGUAACCAUGGAGAGUGCCCUUCGUGUAAUACGCAACACGUAGCAAUCGUCAAUCUUCAAGGAGCAGAGUAUGGUCGGUGGCAAACGGCACAGGCGAACGAUCCCGAUACCGCACUGAUCUACGAGAGGCGUCUUAAUGGCGGCGAUAAACCAACGAGUAAAGAGAUGGAAGGGAAAAGUUAUGAAGCUCGUUGCCUUUGGUCCAUGUGGGAUUACCUGACCACCGAAGAAGGAGUUUUAGUUUUCAAUUUCGGACCGACGUACACGAGAAGAAUCAUCGUCCCGCAUUCUAUGGUUAGGGAAGUACUGAGCGAUUUACACAAGGAAAUGGGACAUGCAGGGAUCAAUAAAAUGGACGAAGCGGUUCGACGACGUUUCUGGUGGCCCCAUCAACGGAGAGAUGUGAUCAACUACUGUCAAGCGUGCGAAGAAUGUGGUACCUUUAAAAACCCUCGUAUUGUUAAUCGUGCACCCUUGCAGCCCAUGGUGGCCGGCUAUCCUAACGAGAUAGUAGGAGUGGAUCUCAUAGGCCCUUUACCUGAGACGCCAAGAGGUAAUCGCUUUAUUUUGGUCAUGAUCGAUUACUUUACUAAAUGGUGCGAGGCUAUACCGAUAAGACAGGCGGAUACGUCCACUGUGGCAACAGCUUUGGUAAAUCAUUGGGUCUGCCACUGGGGUGCACCAGGGCAGCUACACUCGGAUAAGGGAUCGUGCUUUGAGAGCUCACUGGUAAUUGAAGUUUGUCGGUUACUUGGGAUAGACAAAACUCGAACCACAGCGUAUCAUCCUCAAGGAAAUGGGCAAGUGGAAAGAACAAAUCGUUCUCUUAAAUCGUUGCUGAAGGCCUUCGCGGACAGGAAUAUCAAUGAGUGGGACAAUGUGUUGCCCAGAUGCCUACUUGCAUACAGGAGCACAGUACAUUCAUCGACGGGACAGACACCAUUCCUUAUGUGGACAGGAAGAGAGGCACGAUUACCUUCGGAUCUACGUCUACCGAUGACGCAACAGCUACAGUCAUCGGUUAUGGAAUAUGUUAGCAAGUUGUUAGACUCCCUUUGGCAGUCUCAUCAGUCAGCACGAGUGCAUUUAGGGAAUGCACACCGGCGUCAGAAGGAAUAUUACGACAAGAAGGUAUUUGGCGUACCCCUGAAAGUUGGUGAUUUAGUUUGGUUACACCAACCUCAAGCAUCAGGAGUGCCGGCAAAGUUUCACAGAGAGUGGACGGGUCCAUAUACGGUAGAACGAGUGCUCUCUGAGGCCACCUGUAUGAUAAAGGAUCGUAACAACCCUAAUAGUCAACCUAUAGUUGUCCAUUUCAAUCGCCUCAAACCCUGUAGACAAGAAGCUGAGUCAAUCGAGUCAGAGAGGGCAGAUUCACCACCAGUGGUCGCUCGUGAACUUGAAGUACCGGCUGAGGGGGGCUACGGGGUAGCACCGGGGACGGCGCUCGAAGGAGGGAGGGUGUAGUGUAGUGUUGCACGGAAACUGUUGUGGCGCGCUGCUUGACUUUGAACUGGUGUUUACGCUGCGCUUUCAUUUGCCUUGCAGGAACCUGGUCGUGUGCUUUAACGGAAGAAGUGCAAGCAGAAGAAGAUUGACUGUAAUGUUUAUCUUCCUUUUUAUAACAUUAUUUCCUCUAUUGUAGUUUGCUACGUGUUGCUUAAUAAAUCUCCAGUUCCAAUCUCCGGAGUUCUCCCAAGCUUGCAUAUUACAC